CCGCGGUCACGUGACCGAGCUGCGUUUUGAGCGCACUAACCAGGUACGAGCAAAUUCGUUGUUUUUUUCGUGGUUUUUCGCGCGCCACGGCCGAAAAAGCCGAGGCGUCGUGAAUUUCGCUUGUUUCUGACUCCGGACGUGUCCUUCGAGUACGCAAACAACGCUUAUAAUAACUACUGUAAAUAGGGAGUGUAUAUAGUGUGAUAAGUGAGUGAUAUAGGUGUGUGGGAUUUUAGUUGGCAAUGAGUUCAAGCAACAAAUCGGUGUCCUCCGGUGGGAGAAGCACCAACAAAAAUAAAUCAUCACAACAACAUGGGAAAUCAGAUCAUCAUCAAACUAAAUCAUCGGAUUCAAUAAAACAUGAAAAAAUGCAGCCAAACACUGUUCAGAUGCGGCAUGCACAAAUCAUUGACACUAGAAUGGGUAGUGGUGAAGAUCCUAUUUUGAAAGAGCGUAUAAAACAAGUCAUGGAUAUGACUAGACGUUCAGAAGAUGAAGUUGUUAUGGCUUUACAUGAUAGUGAUGGAGACUUGGAUCGUGCUGUUAAUGAUCUUUUGGAAGGGGUAAAAACAGAAUGGGAAGUGAAAAAAAAGAAGCCUCGUCAACCAAGUGGUUCAAAACAGAAUAUGGAUACUUCUGGUGGUCAAGAUGAGGGUGGUGAUUGGGAUGAAAGGCGCAAUCAACGAGGAGGUGGUCCCCCGCGUAUGCGAAGUCGUGCUAAUCACGAUAAUCGUGGAUGGCGCGGUCGAGAAAACAAAGAGAAUGAAAGAAAUAUGGAAGAUGGUGUUCGUGAUGGUAGUUACAGUGGUAAUAGAAGGGGUAGAGGUGGUCCUGGAAGACCUGGCCGAGGUGGGCGAGGUGGAGCAAGGGGACUUGGUCCACGAACAUUUGCCAAUCGGAAUGAUCCAUCAUCUGCUUCGUCGACUCAUAGUUUUAAUCGAUCGAUCGAUACAUGGACAGGUAACGAAGAGCAACAACAAGUUACACAGGAACCAAAGAUGGAUGCAUGGAAUAAUUUGGAUUCUACAGAAGACUGGGAUAAUGAAGAGUAUACAGGUUCACUGGCAGAUACAAAAGUUUUUACGCCAAGCACUUCUGUAGCAGAACCUACAUCUUCUACAGAAGAACCAAAAGCUCAGGACUUACAAACAGUGCAAUCAAAUCAGAAUGUAAAUUUAUCAUUAUUACAACAGGAAGAAUUACCAAAAUUAUCAGAAAUACCAUCAAUACAACAACAAACCUUAAUUCAACAAACUCAGCAGCAGCAACCUGUAUUAAGUUUACCAACAAUGCAGCUAUCGCAACAACCAAAUGCUAUGAGUGGCGGAGUAUUAACAGCUGCUCAGACGCAAUAUUUAACACAACUUACUCAACAAACAAGUGAAAAUUUGAAAGCUGCUGGACAGUCUACAUUCUCCUCAUCGAUAUCCAGUCAGCCUCAAAGACAGACAAAGCAACGUCCGAGGGUGCCACCACCAUCAAAAAUACCAUCUAGUGCUGUAGAAAUGCCUGGAGAUGCUGUUAAUAGUGGCAUUGGAUUUCUUGAUGUUCAAUUUGGAGCACUUGAAUUUGGUAGCGAUUCAAGCUCUCUUGAUGGUUCUGCAAAUGAAAAAUACAAUUCAGCAAGUAAUACAAUAGCUGGUGUAGAUGUGUCUUCUACUACAAAUACUGUAAACACUGCCAAUACAAAUAGCUCUUUGGACAUCGAAACAACGCAACCAUCAUCCACAACACCUUUCAACACUACUUCUCAAAUGUUAUCGAAUAGCGACAACUUACCAGUAUCAAGUGAACAUUCAAUAAACGCGCAAACAUUCACUGCUCGUGGUAGCAGUACUGGACAAACUUUAGAUAUAACUAAACAAGAUUUCACGUCACAAGUUUCACCAGGAAAUGCACCACCCUAUGGUACAACUACAACUUACCAAUCUCAAAAAUCAUCGUUUCAAGCACCCGCAGCAACACCAAACACUUAUAACGCAUAUUCUACAAAUGCUCAAUCUGCUCAAUCGUCUUUUCAAACUGCGUCAGGCACGAGUGCUAAUAGUUACUCUGCAACAGCAACUGUUUCACAAGCAAGUUACAAUUCUUCAUCAUCAUUUCCUCAAUCUAAUACAUCAACCUUUAGUCAAGCAUCUCCUUCUGCAUCUGCAUCUGUAACUUCAGGCUAUAAUCAACCAACAACUACAAAUCAGGUGUAUCAAUCUGCAAGUGGAUAUGUACCUACUACAACAUCUCAGUAUCAAGCACAAUCUGUAGCUACGAAUACUGUAUCAAAUAGCAGUACAGGUUAUCAAACAAGUGGAUAUCAAGGAUCAUCUUCAUUUCAGUCGACUCCACAAGCUUAUCAGCCAUCUGCCACUACAUUUACUUCACCCAUUACUCAAACUUCUGGAGCUUACCAAAGUGCAGCACAAUCUGUAUAUGCGAGUGCAUAUGGCACAUAUGCCAGUCAACCUCAAACAGCAUCUCACAAUCAUAAAUUGAACAGUAAUACAACAAAAGAUUCUCAAUACGAUAGUAAUACGACGACAUCAAAUAGUUCUCUUGCAACUACAACGGCACCUACAUUAGGUCUUAGCUCUACGACCAUAAAUAGUUCACAAACUAAAGUAACAACUUCUAAUGCGGUGCCGAAAAGUACAUCAAGUGGUGUAGUAACUGGGAGUAGUGGAACUGGAAAUAUGACAGGUGGUGGUGCAGCUGGUAGUAUGACUCCAAUGCUGAGUCACCAAUAUAUUAUGGGUCAAGGUGUACCUUAUGCGUUUCAGCAACCAGUGUAUAGUUAUGAGGAAUUACAACUUAUGCAACAAAGAAUACCACAUAUGCCAACUACUGGUUACUAUGACGCGGCCUUGGGCUAUCAGACAACCGGCCCUGCUACAAGCCUCGGUGGGGGACGAGGAGAUGCACUUUCCGGUGUACAAGGUGUUCAAGGAGUACAAGGUGUACAAGGAGCUUAUACCAGUAUUAGUGAUGCCAGGUUCGCCAGAAACGACAGUAAUGCAUCUCCAGUUCCAUCUACUAUGUCACAACAGACUGCUACACAGCAUCAACAACCAAUGAUGAAUCCUACACUUCCUCCAACCUAUGCAUAUUUUGCAUAUAGUGGUGGAAUAAUGCCAGGUGGCUUUCAAUAUGGAACCCCUGCUAUUUAUCCUCAGAUAGCGACUGCUGGUAAUGCAGGUACAAACAGUGGUGCAUAUAGUGCUAAACCAGGAAGUUAUGGAUCUGGAUAUGGAGCUGGUGCAAGUUAUGAUGCAUUAGCAUCUGCUGGUCCUUCUGCUGAAUACAAAGGUGCAGGGAGUAGUUAUACAAGCACACAAACUGGUAAAACAGGAACAUCUACAGGAAAUACAAAUACUGGUGGAUCGUCUGCAACUGAUAUUAGCGCCACGAUGUACGCAAAAAGUCAUGUAGCACUUAGCAAAGUGAAUUCCUACGACAAACAAACUUUUCACUCAGCAACUCCUCCGCCAUUUAGUCUUACUGGUAGUCAAAACGCUGGUUUGCCUGGUGCAUAUGGAACGCCGCAUUUGUUUAUUCCUACUAUGCCUCAUCAGUUGCAUCAGCCACUUCAUCAAGAUGGUGGUAGCAGUACAGGCCAAAGGUCCAAUACAAGUUCCCAAAAUAAAGCCCAAGCAAAGCCUGGCUACAGUCCUAGUUACUGGACUGGAAGUAAUUAAAAAGUUGGACUACGCAAGGGAAAAGAGAGGAAAAAAGUAAAAAAUGCACCAUUUUAGACAAACUACAAUUUCGCCAUUGUGAAACACGGUGGUGUGAAAUAAGGACAUUGACACAAAUGAUAUAAAGGACACGAGACAAUUUUUUUUGGUGAAACUAUAUUAUUCUGGUAUGACACGAGUUAAUGUAAAAUAUAAAAUAAAUCUUAAAAUG